UAGGUAAUGUCUGCCAUUUGAUUUCCCGCGAAACGGACGCAGUUCCUCGCGCUCGAGACGCCGGAGAAAGUGCACGAAACAGAGUGUUCCAGCUAACGGAUUUCCUACCAUAAUGGGAAUACACGGACUUGCCAAGCUGAUUGCUGAUCAGGCCCCUGGUGCCAUUAAAGAGCAAGACAUCAAGAACUACUUUGGCAGGAAAAUUGCUAUAGAUGCCUCCAUGUGCAUCUACCAGUUUCUAAUUGCUGUGCGUCAGGAUGGUAACGUUCUGCAGAAUGAAGAUGGAGAGACGACAAGCCACCUAAUGGGAAUGUUCUACCGGACAAUCCGCAUGUUGGAACAUGGCAUCAAACCUGUGUACGUGUUUGAUGGCAAACCCCCACAGCUCAAGUCAGCAGAGCUUGAGAAAAGAGGAGAGAGGAGAGCAGAAGCUGAGAAGAUGCUCGCUCAAGCCCAAGAAAUGGGGGAACAAGAGAAUAUUGACAAAUUCACCAAGCGUCUGGUUAAAGUCACCAGGCAACAUAAUGACGAGUGCAAGAAGCUGCUGACCAUGAUGGGGGUGCCUUACAUCGAGGCUCCGUGUGAGGCCGAGGCCAGCUGUGCUGCUCUGGUUAAAGCAGGGAAGGUCUUUGCCACAGCAACAGAGGAUAUGGACGGUUUGACCUUUGGAACAAAUGUUCUGCUUCGACAUCUCACUGCCAGUGAAGCAAAGAAGCUUGCGAUUCAAGAGUUCCACUUUAGUCGCAUCCUGCAGGACAUCGGCCUCACCAAUGAACAGUUCAUAGACUUGUGCAUUCUUCUUGGUUGUGAUUACUGCGGCACCAUCAAGGGGAUCGGCCCGAAGAGAGCCAUCGAUCUGAUCAGACAGCAUGGGAGCAUCGAGGAGAUCCUUGACAAUAUUGACGGCAAUAAACACCCCGCUCCAGAGGACUGGCUGUACAAAGAAGCCAGGGGUUUGUUUUUGAAGCCAGAAGUGGUGGAUUGCUCCUCAGUGGACCUGAAGUGGACCGAGCCGGAUGAGGAGGGACUGAUUCAGUUCAUGUGUACUGAGAAACAGUUCAGUGAGGACAGGAUUCGUAACGGCUGUAAGAAGAUUGUGAAGAGCCGACAGGGCAGCACACAGGGACGACUGGACUCCUUCUUCUCCGUCACCGGAUCGUUGUCCUCCAAACGGAAGGAACCCGAGACAAAAGGAUCAGCAAAGAAAAAGCAGAAGACCGGAGCCACACCGGGCAAAUUUAGAAAGGGCAAAUAAACUGACCACAAGACUCCUUUAAUUUCUCUGAAAAGUUAUUGUUACUUUAAAUAACUUUUACUUUGUAAAGGCUACAACUGCAGGUGAAGCAGGAGAAAAAGGCAACACAAUAGAUUUUGUGCUACCAGUUGUCCAAACAGCUGUGCGUUAUACACCACCAAACAAAUAUAAAACUAAAUGUAUUUUAAUGAGUAUCAAAUAGUUUUAUGAAGAUGUUUCAAAUAAAAAUGAGAACUUUUUUUUUUUGUAGAGAAAUGUGACUGUGGCAUCAUUUUUUGCAUUAAUUGAAAACUAAUAACUGAACCUUCCAUCAUAUUCACAACGUACAAGUGUUUUAAAGAACCAGUAAUUUCAUAAUAUAGAAAAACCUUUAUGUGUAGGACAAAACAUCUGGCUUUAUUUUUGGGUUAUGGAUACACUCCUAAAUAAAAGUGAACAGUCUAUACACGCGCUGACAGUGGCCAACAUUACAGUAACAUUCAUGAUCAUGAUUUAUGUAUUCUUUAAAACCUUUGUUUUUAAAAAAUACAAACACUAAGGAGUCCAGUUAGUCAGCAUAUUGCGUUCACUGCACAACAACUAAAAUGCAUGUAUUGCGGCCACUACAUGUUUAUCUAGCUUCCCUUUAAUGUCAUGCUGGUCAUAAGUGUGGUGAAAUGAGUUGUGAAAGGUUUAUUUGUGUGACCGGCUGAACCGCUGUGAGAAUACGAAAAAGAAACAGUGUGACUGAUAAUACUGUAUGUGGGAUGAGAAAAUGGUAACACAAGUGCACAAGGAAUGUUACUUACUUGGGUCCUGCAGAAUGGUCAUAGCAAUAUACAAAAAAUAUUUCUCUGUCAGAAAGGGUUUAUCAUGAUAAAUCUAUUAGAAUUAAAAGAAAUCUUUUUAAGGAACCCUUGCUUCAAUUCUGUUCAAUUCAGAGAAGAGACGAUGCUGUGGGAACCUCUAGUAACUCAAAAGAGGCUCCAGAAGAGUUUUUUUUGUUUGUUUUUUUGUUUUAUAUACUUAAUCUUUUUAAACUUGGUUUUAUUUGUAAUUGUGUACAAAUUUCUUUCAUCACUAACAUAAAAACACAGCAAGAAAUUAUUAUAGGUUAUAUGUUUUUAGCAUUAAAUUACGGCGUUCUUUUGAACAAUAUUGGAGAUGUUACCAAGUGUAAGUUUUAGAGACUGGUUUUGUGUAUUUGGGGAAAUUGACACAUGACUCAUGUCACCAAUUCCAUCUUAUUUAUUACAAUGAGUCCAAAAUGGAACCCCAAACCCCACAAAAUCAUUCCUUAAAGAACCUUUCUGAGUGGGUUCCUGCACAAGCCCUUACAGUUACAACAGGGAGGAACCUCAGAUGGUUCCUCGAGCCUACGUCUACAUCAUAGGAAGAUCAUCGUAAAGCAGGUGAUCUGUGUGUUCUAGAAACAUUUAUGAGUCCAGUUAAACUACAUAGACUCACUAUAUGUGUAGUAGGAAACUGCUGCGCUAAACUCAAAUGUUUCAUGAAUAUUGACUCAUCUUAAUUCAACUGUAAGAUCUUCGUUUAUCAUGUUAAUCUGAGUCAAACUAAUAAAUCAUCUUUACAAAUGCAUGAAGAACAACAUUUUAGGUCAUAAAUGGACUUCUCCUUUGUAAUGUAUUGUAAUAUUUUUACAUAGUGACCAGGCCUUGUAUCCUGAAGUGCUUCUGGAUAAUAUAGGACACCUUCUCAACAAUUUGUGACUUACAUCAAGACUUUACUUGAAACCAGGCAAUAAAUGAAGUUUUCUUCUGUUUCAAACAUGUGUUUCUAAACUAACAGAUCACAGUUUGCUUUUGUCCGUCACAUAAAUCCAAUACAAAAAAGCUGACCACACCCCUUUGAGAUGCUAUAAUAUCACAGAACUGCUAAAAUAUGAAAAAUAAAUAAAUAAACCGGCUUGACAUACUUGAACCACUCUGUCUCUGUUUCAUGUUCAUGCAGAAGUGAACUGUGACAGGAGAGUUAAUGACUGAUAGCAAUCAUAAGCUACAAGGAGAAGAGGAUGUUCACUGUUCACGAGUUAAUAUUUAAUUAAUUGUUGCUUAAUUCUGUGUGUAGGUGUGCAAUUUUUUUUUUCCAAAAUUAUGUUUAUUUGUGAUUUAGGUCAUUUUUACAUGACAUAGACAAACACUUAAAAGAACAUCCUCUUAGACACAAAAUGCAGGUUUACUAAAUAGAACAUGAUGACAAAUAUACAGGGACACUUAAUACAUCAAGCAGCACCAAACAGUCUUUAUGUGUUGUCUUCCUUCUGAUCUUCUGUUAAGCCAAUGUUUUCGGCAAAAAAUAUACAAGGCCUCCAAAUGCUUUCAAACAAGUCCUUUUUUCCUCUCAGCAGGUAUGUAAUCUGUUCCAAUGGAAGUGUAGCCAACAUCUGUUUAACCCAAUGUCCAAUGCUCGGUGGGCUAAUGUUUUUCCAGUGUAAUGCAAUCAAUCUUUUUGCUUGUAGUAGACAAAUAUCAAUAAAGAGCUGCUCAUUUUUUGUAAA